CAUCUCUCUCUCUCUCUCUCUCUCUCUGAUUUUUGUUUAAAAUCUGGGAAUGCUCUCCCCGAGACACACACUUGGGACUUACCACAACACUUGAACUCAGCUGUAUACAUGUCGUAGUUCGAACCGGGAUCUGUAUCGCACCUCCAGUGCUCUCCCUUCUCAAAACUCAACUGGUGUAAAAUCACAAGAAUGGUUUAUACUUUACCGGGACUGAGAUUUCCGGUUGUUCCUUCAGUGUACAAGUCCUCGCAGUCGAGCUUCCAUGGUGAUCGUAGGACUGUUACUCUCUCCUUCUUCCAGAACAUGGACUCCAUUUCUCGCAGGAAGACCCUGGUUGGAAAAUUUUCCCAUGAUUCUGACUCCUCAUCUUCUGCUGUGGCUGCAUCUGAUAAAAUUCUUGUACCUGGAGAUCAAGAUGAUGCUUCAACUCUGACAGAUCAACUUGAAACUCCUGAAAUAACUUCACAGGAUCCACAGGCUCCUAAUAGCAUAGAGGAUCUAACCAUGAAAGAUGAUAACGAGGUUAAGGAUGAUGAAGCAGCUAGUGGUUUCAUAGAGGUUAAGGAUGGACUAGGUUCUGUUCCUUCAUCACUCGAAGAUGUUGAUGCCAAUGCUCCAGCAAAGACAUCAAAUUCUACAAAGGAGGAAGUUAAAAUAGGAGAUAAAAUUAAACGUAAGAUCAUUCCCCCACCAGGCACUGGACAGAAGAUAUAUGAAAUUGAUCCAUCUUUGCUAGGUUAUCGUAAGCAUCUUGACUUCCGUUUUGGGCAGUAUAAAAGAUUGCGUGCGGAAAUUGACAAGCAUGAAGGUGGUUUGGAAGCUUUUUCUCGUGGCUAUGAAAAAUUUGGUUUCACACGGAGGGCCACAGGCAUUACUUAUAGAGAGUGGGCACCUGGAGCUAAGUCAGCGGCAUUAAUUGGAGACUUCAACAAUUGGAAUCCAAAUGCAGAUGUAAUGACUCAGAAUGAAUUUGGUGUCUGGGAGAUAUUUCUGCCAAACAAUGUGGACGGUUCACCACCAAUUCCUCAUGGUUCUCGAGUGAAGAUUCGCAUGGAUACUCCCUCUGGCAUCAAGGACUCUAUUCCUGCUUGGAUCAAGUUCUCGAUACAGGCUCCGGGUGAAAUUCCAUAUAAUGGCAUAUACUAUGAUCCACCAGAAGAGGAAAAAUAUGUUUUUAAACAUCCACAGCCAAAAAGACCAAAGUCACUCAGAAUAUAUGAGUCACAUGUGGGAAUGAGUAGUCCGGAGCCAAAAAUUAACACAUAUGUCAGUUUUAGAGAUGAUGUUUUGCCUCGUAUUAAAAGGCUUGGCUAUAAUGCUGUCCAAAUUAUGGCCAUCCAGGAGCAUUCUUAUUAUGCUAGCUUUGGGUACCAUGUUACAAACUUUUUUGCACCUAGCAGCCGAUUUGGAACUCCAGAAGAACUUAAGUCUCUUGUAGAUAGGGCCCAUGAACUAGAUAUUCUUGUUCUGAUGGAUAUUGUACAUAGCCAUGCAUCAAAUAAUACAUUGGAUGGGCUGAACAUGUUUGAUGGGACUGACGGUCAUUACUUCCAUCCUGGAUCCCGGGGUCAUCACUGGAUGUGGGAUUCUCGCCUUUUUAACUAUGGAAGCUGGGAAGUACUGAGGUAUCUGCUCUCAAAUGCAAGAUGGUGGCUGGAAGAGUACAAGUUUGAUGGGUUUCGAUUUGAUGGUGUCACAUCAAUGAUGUACACUCAUCAUGGUUUGGGGGUAGGAUUUACUGGGAAUUACAAUGAAUAUUUUGGAUAUGCAACUGAUGUGGAUGCAGUGGUUUACCUGAUGCUGGCUAAUGAUGUCAUUCAUGGUCUCUACCCAGAGGCUGUUACAAUUGGUGAAGAUGUCAGUGGAAUGCCCACAUUCUGCCUUCCUACACAAGAUGGUGGAGUUGGCUUUGAUUAUCGCCUGCACAUGGCCAUUGCAGACAAGUGGAUUGCGAUGCUCAAGAAGCCAGACGAAUACUGGAAAAUGGGUGAUAUAGUUCACACACUCACCAACAGAAGGUGGCUGGAAAAAUGUGUGGCAUAUGCUGAAAGUCAUGACCAAGCCUUGGUCGGUGACAAGACAAUUGCAUUUUGGUUGAUGGACAAGGAUAUGUAUGACUUCAUGGCAUUAGACAGACCUUCUACUCCUCUCAUAGAUCGUGGAAUAGCAUUACACAAGAUGAUUAGGCUUAUUACCAUGGGCCUUGGUGGUGAAGGAUAUUUAAAUUUUAUGGGAAAUGAAUUUGGCCAUCCAGAGUGGAUUGAUUUUCCAAGGGAUGGGAACAAUUACAGUUAUGAUAAAUGCAGGCGUCUUUUUAACCUGGGGGAUGCAGACUAUCUACGAUAUCGUGGGAUGCAAGAAUUUGAUCAGGCCAUGCAGCAUCUAGAAGAAAGAUAUAAUUUCAUGGUUUCUGAGCACCAAUAUAUAUCACGUCAGAAUGAGGGAGAUAGGGUGAUAGUCUUUGAAAGGGGAGACCUCGUUUUUGUCUUCAAUUUUCAUUGGACCAACAGCUAUUCAGAUUAUAGAGUGGGCUGCUUAAAGCCGGGGAAAUACAAGAUUGUCUUGGAUUCAGACGAUUCAUUGUUUGGAGGGUUCAAUAGGCUCGAUCAUUCUGCUGAGUUCUUCUCUUCUGAAGGGUGGUACGAUGACCGGCCUCGUUCGUUUCUAGUGUAUGCACCUUCUAGAACAGUAGCGGUAUAUGCCCUUGCGAAUGAAGUUGAACAACCACCUGAACCAGAAUCAAUGUGAAGCAAGAUGUAACCUGCUGCUUCCCUGGAUACGCAGGCAAUGGCAAGGGCAUAAUUGCAUGAUAGAUGCAGUCAACUAAUAACUCGAGGUCAUCUAGCCAGCCAACAAAAUUUAUGGUGAUUUGACCCCGACGGAAAAUAUGAAAAAGCUGAAAUGAUGCAAAAAAAAAAAAAAAAAAAAGCUAGUUAUUAUUUAUAGCACUUCAUGUUUUUGUAUUAAGAUUUGGCCUGGGUAGUGGUAAGUGGCAUGGGCAUUUGAGGGGAUGCAAAGCUAGGAAAGUACUGACGUUGGAUUCGGUGCCGCUUACAAAACUUUUGUAAGAGCAUCUACGUGUCGUCUUAGGGAUUGCCACUUGCAUUUGCGGAGUGUUGUACAUGGUUUCUUGACAUUUGAUAGUUUUGUCGUUCAAGACCAGCAGUGCAUAAUGUGCUAUUGAGGCGAAAAAGAUGUAUAGGUGCAAGCGACAAGUAGAUGCUUGCUUGACCUUCAUUUUAUGACCUGCUCAUACUUGAUUGUGAUCCAGCUCAAACCCAGAGAGCUUUAUUACUAAACAAGUAUUAAUAAAUAAGACUCGGAUCCCACGUGAUAAUUCCGUGGAGAAAAAGGAGAAGUGAUCCGCUCUCAA